AACAUUGAGAGACCUUCAACGGAGCCUGCCAGGUGUGGGUGGCGUUACAGCGAGGGGAGGGGUCGAACGCGGCCGGGCGGCACGUGACCGUGAUCACGCGCUCGGGAAGCUGAUGAGUCACGUGACCGCGGCCGUCCUCAGGACUCCAGCAACUCGGGCUACGAUGGAACCACUGAAUUUGAAGGGAUUGAUCGCGGCUCCGUUCACUCCUUUGACAGAGCAGGGGGAAGUGAACCUGCCCGUGAUUGCGGGAUACGUGGACUAUCUGGUGCAUGAACAAGGCGUGAAAAGCAUAUUUUUGAAUGGGACCACGGGGGAAGGGCCCUCGCUGACUGUGGCUGAGAGGAAGCUGUUGACUGAAGAAUGGAUUAAACAAGGAAAGAACAAAUUGACUCAUGUCAUUAUACACGUUGGAGCAAAUGCAAUUACGGAAGCCCAGCAACUGGCGAAGCAUGCUCAAGAUGCUGGCGCCACUGCCAUCUCCUUGAUGGCUCCAAACUACUUUAAGCCAUUGUCACUUGAUGCAAUUGUAAAUUUCAUACAGGUGGUAGCAGCUGCAGCGCCUAACAUUCCUUGCCUUUAUUACCACAUUCCAGAGUUCACCGGAGUGAAUGUGUCCAUGUACGAGUUAUGUGAUGGAAUUCGCGAGAAAAUCCCAACCUUUGCUGGAGUGAAGUUUUGUAGCUUGGAUUUGCUUGAACUUGGUUGUUGCAUCAGCCGCUAUGGACGUGAAUUGUCGUUCUACUAUGCUAAAGACGAGCAACUCCUUUCUGCGUUGGUGUUGGGAACGCACGGAGCGGUUGGCAGUACUUACAACUACAUGGGAAAACUUAACAACUCGAUCAUCGAGGCUCUGGAUAGCGGCAAACUGGAAGACGCUCGCAAGCACCAGUUUACCGCACAAGAGCUGCUGAAGAAACUCUUCACAUUUGGUUUUGGCGUGGCAGAAAACAAGGCGGUGAUGUCGCUCGUGUCGGGGCUGCCCCUGGGUCCGCCACGUGCUCCACUGCUCAAUCGCUCUCCAGAAUCCUUCUUGAUCCCGGCGAGGCUGGAGCUGGAGCGUGCGGGAUUCCUUAAACAGUGACACCAGCGACGACCUGCAUCACUCUCAUUUUAUUCCAAACAAACCAUGUCGACUGAAAAGUGGAGUUGUGCAUACACGAUCGAAUAGCUCUCUUGUGUGUUUUCAAGUUGUUCGACGUUUCAGAGCAUCUUCAGUUCCUGCACGUCGGAAGUUAUGCCAAAAAACACGCGAUGCUGUACGACCCGAAACCACAUUGGAGAGCUAUACAGCAUAACCGAGAAGAGCUGCACAAUUAUUAUUUCAAGGGAGUAUUGCUGAAGUUUUUGCAUAAACAUUUUCAGGAGUAUUUUUGUUAUGACUUGAUUAAUAUUAAAAUUUGAAUAUUUGAUUAAACAGUAUAAUUGAUGAUAAGCAUUCAGAGUUGUGUUUGAAUGGGGUGCCACAAAUGUACAAUUUACAAAAGUAAGUCUGUAGACUUUCUGGACUCAUUGUGACUUCCUGGGUCCUCUGAUGAUGUUCAAUGUAAUUUCAAAUGGAAUGCUAGAUUUGGAUGUAAGAAUCGCUCUUACCGGUGUGAGCGGAAACUAACAGUUGUCACGAUUAAAGCUUGUGUACUUGACAAUU